AUGAUUAUUUCUUGGAACACUAGGGGGCUAAAUAAAAAAGGGAAGCUGAGGGAGAUUAGCUCCCGUCUCCUCGAGCUUAAACCUACUAUUGCAAUCUUACUUGAAACCAGGGUAAAAGAGAGUAAUGCCAAUAGGAUUAGAGCUGAGCUCCAUCUGCCUAAUAACUAUUUGGAUAACUAUAUGUAUCACUUUAAUGGUCGAGUGUGGAUUGAAUGGGAUCAUACUAAAGUGAAUAUUAGACACAUAAGUAGUACCAGUCAAUUCAUUCAUGUGGGAGUUUUUGAUAUUAAUGGCAGCUUUAAAUAUUGGCUCACUGCUGUUUAUGCCCACAAUCAAUUGAGUAAAAGGAGGGAGCUUUGGAAGGACAUUGAGAAAAUCCACAACUCUCAGUCUGGACCUUGGUGUGUGUUGGGUGAUUUUAACAAUGUUGCUAAGGCUCAAGACAGAAUUGGAGGAAGAAUGGUAACUGAAUCAGAGUAUAUUGAUAUGACUAAUAUGAUGGACAACACUAGUCUGUUUGAGAUGGAAAGCCUGGGGGAUUACUUUACUUGGGCAAACAAGCAUGUGGUGGACCCUAUAUAUUCUAGAAUAGACAGAGUCUUGGGGAAUCCUGACUGGUUCCAGAUGCAUUUAGAGUUUAUUCUGAUGAUUCUCCCCCCCAGUGUUUCUGACCAUAACCUGCUCUGUAUUACCAGUUCUGCCCAACCUGUUAAACCUAAAGGGCACUUUAAGUUUAACAAUUGCCUUGUGGAGCUGACAGACUAUGAUGAGGUUGUGAGAAGUAGCUGGAAUAAACCUUGCAGAGGCAAACCUAUGAAGGUGUUGUGGACUAAACUUACUAGAUUACAAUCUCACUUGAGGAGACUUGGUAAACCUUUUGCUGGUAUUAAACAGGACAUCCUUAAAGCUAGGAAUGAGUUGCAGUUAGCCCAAACUGAACUGAUAGCUGACAGAAUGAAUGUGCAUAUCAUUGAGAAGGUUAAAUUACUCACAGAGGAAGUCAUAAAUCUCAAUGAAACUGAAGAGAAAGUGAUUAUGCAAAGAGCAAAAAUUGACUGGCUCAGAUCAGGGGAUGGCAACAAUGUCUAUUUAUAUGCUACUCUUAAAUCCAAAACUGCUCUAGAAGCAUGA